AUGGAAGAAGGGUUGAACAGGGCGAGGUGUGUGGACCAAAACAUUAUCAGUAUAUCAGUGGGUGUACCCAAAGAAGUGCAAGUGUAUAGCCUAAGACAUAAUGCUAUAAGUGAAUUGGAAAAUUUCUGUUUUGUGGAAAAUGGAUAUAAGUCAAUAGAAGUACUAGACUUAUCAUACAAUCUAAUUUUUUGGGUUGGUCUGCAUGCAUUCUCUGGAAUGGACAAAUUAGUGCAUGUAGAUUUAAGCAGCAAUCGGCUGCGGUUUAUACCGUCGGAUAUCUUCUUCGACACACCUGAACUCAAGAUCCUUGAUAUCUCUUCGAAUAUUUUCGAAAGCCUCAAGAAUGAACCCUUUAUCAUGCAUGCAAAACUAGAGGUUUUAAAUUUGAACAAUUGCCGAAUAAAGAACUUACCAGUGCGCCUGUUCAACAGACUGCCAAAUCUAAAAAAGUUAGAUUUGAGCGAAAACUAUGUUGUUACACUGAACACCGAUGUGCUUGUACCCUUGCGUAAACUGGAGAGAAUAGAACUACGAAACGACUAUUGGCAAUGUACUGAAGACUUUGUAGCUACCGAGACAUGGAUAACAGAGCGAGGAAUAACUUAUGAUAGACAGUGUAAGAAGAGAGGUCCUAAGAUGUCCGAAAAAAUCAUAUCCGUCGUACCCAUUGAAAAAAAUCCAGUUGAAAUAAAUAAAGUUUGGAAUAUAUCCACCGUAAAUAACUUAACAAUUACGGAAAAGCCUACACAACCGUUGACACCAUUUGAGAAAUUCGAUAAAGACUUUUCGGCUCUACAGGCAUUACUUAUUGGAUUAGAAGUAGGAUUAGCUAUUGGUAUAAUUGGUACAUAUAUAUGGUUAAAUAAGUUCUGUAAAUGUGGUGCAUUACGGUGUACUAGACCGCAGAGGAGGCAAAGGUAUCUAAGAGGUCAAAGACGUGAUGGUGACAUGAGAACGAACUUACUGUGGAGUACUGUAGUCAAUCCAGAUACAGAAACUCCACCUCCAUAUCGCAGGGACUUGUCAUUACCUGAUGGUAGUCCUCCGUUCCGCGCCUAUGGUCUACCUUCUGGAGUGACAGAAAUUCCAUUACAGAUAGAUGCGAUUCGAUUGCCUGACCGAGGUGAAACACCGCCUCCUCCAUAUAACGAAUGUCGCAUUAAUAUAUGA